AUGAACGACACGGAAAGGAACAUGGUUGAAAGGACCAGUAAAUUUCUAUUGAUCGUGGUCGGAUCGGUCUUCUUCAUGCUGAUUUUGUACCAGUACGUGGCGCCCGGGGUGAUAAACUUCGGCUCCCCGCACGGGUACCUUCUCGGCGAAGAGGAUAUGACCAUUUUCCCCACUCCGGAUCCGCACUAUGUGAAAAAGUACUACUUCCCUAUUAAAGAUCUCGAGCGCAAGAUUGAUUUCGAAAUCAAGGGGGAAGACGUGAUUGUGUUUCUUCACAUCCAAAAAACCGGUGGGACCACCUUCGGGAGGCAUCUGGUCCAAAAUGUUCGCUUGGAGCUUCCCUGCGAUUGUAGACCGGGCCAGAAGAAGUGUACUUGCUACCGUCCGAACCGAAAGGAAACCUGGCUGUUCUCUCGGUUCUCCACCGGCUGGAGCUGCGGCUUACACGCGGACUGGACCGAGCUUACCAACUGCGUCCCGGGAGUUCUCAACAAAAGAGAGAGCAAGUCGAAAAAAAUGAGAAAGUUCUACUACAUCACUCUACUGAGGGACCCUGUUUCCCGCUACCUUAGUGAAUGGAGGCACGUCCAGCGAGGGGCGACAUGGAAGACGUCUUUGCACAUGUGUGACGGACGGACACCCACACCUGAAGAGUUGCCGCCCUGCUACGAGGGCACAGACUGGUCAGGGUGCACCUUGCAGCAAUUCAUGGACUGCCCCUACAACCUAGCCAAUAACCGCCAAGUGCGUAUGCUUGCAGACCUUAGUCUGGUGGGCUGCUACAACCUUUCUACAGUCCCUGAGAAGAGGCGUUCACAAUUGCUGCUUGAAUCAGCCAAGAAGAACCUACGGGACAUGGCUUUCUAUGGCCUGACGGAGUUCCAGCGGAAGACGCAAUACCUAUUCGAGCGCACCUUCCACCUCAAGUUCAUCCGACCCUUCAUGCAAUACAACAGCACCCGGGCGGCUGGCGUGGAUCUUGAUAAUGAUACGAUACAACGCAUCGAGGAGCUCAACGAUCUGGACAUGAAGCUGUACGAUUAUGCCAAAGACCUGUUUCAGCAGCGGUACCAGUACAAGCACAUGCUGGACCGCCGGGAGCAGAGACUACUAAGGGGACACGCAUCUUUCCAUAGUCCGUUCCGAGAGGACGGAGCUGGGGGAGAGGGCACGGCACGCCUGCCAACCGAGGAUUACAUGAACCACAUCAUCAACGGAUGGUAA